AUGUCUUCUGACUGGGGCCAGUCGCCAAUCAACUUGGACACUGAAGCAGCCACCUACCUGGGUCUGGGCAGUGGGGCCGUGGUUGACGUUCCUGAGACCAGGUCAAACAUUUCGGAAGCUUUCCUUGUUGUGAACAAUGGAUACAAUCUGCUGGUAUACAUAAGUGGAAGUUGGAAAGUCACGCUUAAUAACAAGACAAAGAACUACCACAAUGUUGAUAGUUUUAAUUUCCACUGGGAGAGUGUGAAUUCCAGGGGUUCGGAGCACACUGUGGACAACGCUUCCUUUCCACUGGAGAUGCAAAUACUCACCUACUCCUCCAUGUUCCGAGACACAUUUGAAGCAGCUAAAUAUCCAGGAGGCACGGCGAUAAUUAGUGUUCUUUUCCAAAUGACGGCUAACCAAUCGGAAUCCAGUCUUUCAAAAAUGGGCAACCUCUUGUCUGCUAUCGACAACCUUACUGCCUUCGGCUCGUCGGCCUUGGUGAGCUACUUAAAACCGAUGUCCUAUUGCCUCAAAACAGGGAUGAGUUCUUCCGCUAAUUGGGUUCUUUCACUUUUCCACCCUGCCGAGGGAAUAUUCAGUGAACGGUAA